AUGGAGCCUCUUCGAUCAGCCCCUGAGGCGUCCGCAUUUGUUCUCCUGGCCGACCACCAAUCGCGCACGCCAGCGUCAUUCCACUCCGGCCCUCCAGUCCUUCACUACCACAGCAAGCAGUGCAAGCUGGUCAUCCUCGAACGCGACCUCCUCUCCACACCAGCCCUCAAUGCGAUCCGCGGCCCAACUCCAACAGCAAACGGAUCUAGCGACCAUACUCCCACCGCGGCAAACAACAAUGCCGACGCCCACGGAGAAGAAGCACAAGAAAACGAGCUCGUCGUGGACGGUGUAGACGUCUGGGUGACAUCGGAGUGA